AUUGGAAAAGUAGAUAUUUUUUAAAUACAGUACAAAUAAUUGGAAAUUUCAAGUAAUUGGAAUUGAAAUAUUAAUAAAUAUGUUAUUCAAAGUAGAAUCGAGAUUAACUGAUUCUGAUAAUAAGAACUUUGAGCUUCAUGAGCUAGACAGACCUACUAUUCAGUAUACGGACACAUCUAAACGAUUUUACGAGGCUUCCCGUGAUUUUUCAAAACAAUAUGCUCAUAUUUAUUCUGCGAGACUAAGUACCUUUAGAAAUAUAUUACAACCUGUAAUUAAUAAAAGGUGGGGCAAUAAAUACAAGAUUUUAAAGCUCUGUGAUUUACGCGACAAAGGUACAACUUGUAUUAUAGUAGGUACCCUGUUCAAGCUUCAAGAAUUAAAACCAAGUAUAUUGAAGGAGCUCUCUGAUCAACUGGAGGUUAUUCCACAACCUGCGAGGACACAUUUUGUACAUGAAACAGAUAGCUUAGUUUUGGAAGAUGAGCUACAAAGAGUCAAGUUGUCUGGUGAUUGCAUCCAUGUUAAUGAAGUUGUAACUGGUGUGGUGGCAGCUCUGCUUGGAUCUGAGGAUGACGAUGGUGUCUUUACAAUCAAAGAUAUGUGCUGGGCUGGAUGUAAUAUACAAAAACCUUUGCCAGUUUUAAGUAAUGACAGAUAUAUAGUUUUAAUGUCUGGUCUAAAUCUAGCUUCAAAAAGUGGAGACCAUAUGUUUGCUUUAAAUCUAUUUUUGGAAUGGCUGUCUGGUUUUUGUGGAACAUCAGAAUAUCAAGAGGAGCUCUCUAAAAUUGUGAGAGUCAUAAUAGCAGGUGGAAUCUAUGCAAAUCAGUCAAAUGAGAGUAUACUGAAUGAAACAGAUGUGAUCGCAGCUUCGGAACUAGUGGACACAUUCUCUGCCGCUGUCAGUGCGGUCACACCGUUGGACCUCAUGCCCGGCUGCAAGGAUCCAGCUAGUAUCAUGUUGCCACAAAAGCCUUUCCACUAUUGUUUGUUUCCCAAAGCCACAGAGUAUAAAUCGUUCAACCGAGUCUCUAAUCCUUAUGAGUGUGAUAUUGGAGGAUUUCUAUGUUUGGGAACAUCUGGUGAACCUAUAAAUGAUAUAACGCGAUACAGCAGCAUUGACAGUUAUUUGAAUGCCAUGAAGAAAACCUUGCAAUGGCGUCAUAUGGCGCCGACAUGUCCAGACACCGUGCCAAGCACCCCAUGCUUGGAUACAGAUCCGUUUACUAUAUACAACUGUCCCGCUAUAUAUUAUUGUGGUAACAGCAGUGUAUUUGCUACUGAAGUGUUUAAAGGAGACGAAAAUCAAACAGUUAGAAUAGUGUGUGUUCCUGAUUUUUGUACAUCUAGAACGGUGGCCCUGGUUAAUCUUGCAAACCUGGAAUGUUACAGCAUGAAAUUCGCAUAAAGAACAUUUUUUUAUUUAUAAAAUAUAACUUUUUAUUAUCUGAACUUUAUUA